UGAACUGUUGAAGAAAAUGUUUCUCGUGUUUGCUUUUCUCCCUUUCUGCUUCACUUCUCUGGCUGGUGUGUUUGGUGAUGAAGUGAAGUCAGUGUCAGUGAUGGAGGGAGAUUCUCUUACUCUACACACUGAUACUGAACUACAGACAGAUGAUCAGAUACUGUGGAGGUUUAAAAGUAAAGGGUCUCUCAUAGCUAAAAUCAAUAAAGACACCAAUAAGAUCUCAAUAUAUGAUGAUGUUCUUGAUGGGAGAUUCAGAGACAGACUGCAGGUGAAUAAUCAGACUGGAGAUCUCACCAUCACAAACAUCACAACUCAACACAAUGGACUUUAUCAAAUAAUCAUCAGCGGCAAACAGAAGAUCUCAUACAGAUUCAAUGUUACUGUCUAUGCUCGUCUGCCUGUUCCUGAUAUCAGCAGAGACUGUACACAAAACUCUUUAUUAGUCUCAAAAUGUGUGUUGUUGUGUUCAGUGUUGAAUGUGAGAGAUGUGAGUCUGUCCUGGUACAAAGGAAACAGUUUAUUGUCCAGCAUCAGUGUGUCUGAUCUCAACAUCAGACUCUCUCUACCUCUGGAGGUUGAAUAUCAGGAUACAAACACAUACAGCUGUGUACUCAACAAUCCCAUCACAAACCAAACUCAACAUCUCAACAUCACUCAACUCUGUCAGCCAUGUUCAGGUACAACAGCUCUCACCUUCAUUCUGAUCUGUUGUGCUGUUGUUGGAUGUCUGAUGAUUGUCACUUCAGGUCUGAUCUUCUGGAUCUGUAGGAAACACACAAACACACAGCAACAGGUUCAAACCAGAGAAGAGGAAAUCACUUAUGCAAAUCCAACAUGGUAUUAAAGAGCAGCACAUUAACCGGGAUCUGCAGUAGAGGAUGAUGUGGUGUAUGCAGGAGUCAAGAGACGAUAAACAAACUCUCUGUGAUUCUCAGAUCAACAUUCAGCUGUUUAAUCAUCUUCACGUUCGGUUAUUACUUUAGAUAAAGCGCUUAUUACAUUUAAGAUGUCUGUGUUCUCUCUCUUACUUUCAAGAUUUUUUACUUCUCCAUUGAAUUCUGAAGCAUAAUACACGCUAACAAACGCUAAAAUGCAAGCAUACUUAAACAAUAUUUUACCAUGUUUUAAAUAAUGUUGAUAGACAACAGUUAAAAGAAAGACAGAACUGUACAUUAUCAGAAACAACUAAAGUAUUUGAUUUUAAAACACAAACUAUGUCUAAAUUUAAUUUUUCUAACUGAAUGCAUCUGACUUUAACAGGUUCAUUCAGGUUCAAGCGAUGCCUGAUGUGGAAAGAAAUGUGGUUUUGUAAUACUGGUGGACGUGAAAUGUGCGUUUUUAUUUAACUGUUUGUGGUUAAUGUGUAUAUGUGUGUGCAUGUGAGAGGCAUGAACAGUGUGUUUCUGUAAAUACUGUGUGACUUUAUUCACUGUACACAAAGCAUUUGAAUUCACCUAUGCUAAUGUUUACCAAAUAAAAGAUUGCUUUAAAUCAAACCGUAUUGUUACAGUCGUAUGCAAAAGUUUAAGAACCCCUGACAAUUUCCAUGAUUUUCAUUUAUAAAUAUUUGGGUGUUUAGAUUAGAUUUUUUUUUAAUUGGCAGUCAGGUCUGGGUCUGUCCCAGUUCAAUUACUUUGGGUCACAGGUCUAAUUCUCAUUGUGUGUAAAACCCGAGUCGAUUGGAGAACGGCCGUGAUCAGAGUCAGUCAGUGCUAACGCGCCUAAGCUCAUGUGCAGUUUCAAGUGUGCCUCUGGUUUCUAUGGUGAUACUGACUCUUGUUUUGAAACUAGCUUAC